UUAACUUGUUUGUAGUUUGUUUAUUAUUAAAUGUUCAUAUUAUUAUAAGUGACUAAUUGGGUUUGGGCGUGCAUUUUUUACGGGCUUGGUCAAGCACUUUUCUUAUGAGGAGAUUAAGGCAUCUUUUAGAAAGCUUGCUAAAGAAACGCACCCUGACCUCGUUUCUUCUGCGGAUACUGAUACUGCUGAUUCGAAACGUUUCAUCCAAAUUCUCGCUGCUUAUGAGGAAAUUUUCAAGCUGUAAAGAAAGCUCUCUUGUCUGUUUCAAGUUGUCUCCAAGAGCACACCAAAGGAAGUGGUGAAAGUAUGACUGACAAGCUAAGAGUGAAGAAAAUGACUCAAGGUGCUACAAAGAAGAAACGGCAGCAAAAGAAAAAGAAUUCAAAGGAUAAAAUUUCAGAGGAUGAAAUAACAAAGAAGAUUUCAGCUUUGUGGGAGCAAGAAAGAUUACAAGAGUGCUUGGAUUUUAUCAUUUCUCUUGAUGAUGAGUGGUUGAAAAAUUUAAAAGUCUAUUCUAUGAAAGUGCAUGCACUUGUAGGUUUGAAACGGUUUGAAGAGGUAUUGGCUUUGCAAAAACGACUCGAAGAAUUUGGACAUAAAACGACUUUGGCACUUGGUGAAUGGUUUAUGUUUGCUUAUGCCAACAGAAAGCAAAAUAAUAUUUUGGAAGCAUAUCUCCUUUAUAAAUAUGUGCAUGAUCAGAAGGGUGCAGUCUGUGUAGAUGAUGAAGCAUUCAAAAACUGUCUCAAAUGGAUAAAAAGACUACAAUCGAAAGUUCAACCAGAUUUGGAUAGAAUUGCAGUGGAAAGAGCUAGUAAAUUUUUGGAUGAUGAGCGUGCUGCCUCCUCUUCCACCAAGGCUCCUGCCUCCUCUUCCACCAAGGCUGCCACCUCUUCCACUCAAGGCUGCAUCCACCCGACAGACAAGGUUGCAUCCACUCCGACCAAGGCUGCAUCCACUUCGACCUUGGUUGCGUCCGCUUCGACUUUGGCGAUCCCUUCUUUGACCUUGGAUCCCUCAUCUUUGGGUGUGGAUGCCUCUUCCCAAAAAAUGAUGAAGUUUACAGAGGAUGGUGUGAUAUACUUUGAAAUGACCCAGCUUGAUGAAUUUUCAUAUCUUGGUGUAAUGAAGAUAGGCGGGAGUUCUUUUCCCAAGUCGUAUAUCAAAAUUGGCGAGAAUUCUACUUCAGAUGUCUCAAUUAGGCUUAAGAAAAACUCAUGCCUAUUGAAAAUUGAAUUUUCAAUGUAUUUCCACUCCCUUUCCAGUAGGGUAGCAAUUGUUGAGCCGGUCCGUCCAGUAAAAGUGUUCUUUGAAUUGAAGCUUGAAGAUUUCAAAUCGGAAGCAAUGGCUCAAACUUGUAAAAAAUGGUGGGAAUAUAUCAAAGACGACUUUCUAUCAAUAUUUCGAGGCGUAAUAUGUGGCAUGCUUGCCAUAUAUUCAGAUCAAAAAGUCUGUAGUGAUCUGGAAAAAUCACUCUACGUUACUGAGGAGGGAGAAGCCAAAAUAUUGCAUAUUUCUCAAGAAAAAUUUACAUUCAGUCAAGCGCAAAAAGAAGUGUCUGAUUUGUUGUCCAUUAUUGAAGGAGUCAUUACUUUGAUAAGACCAAGAUCAAGACCAGAUUUGGAAACUUGGCGUAAAGAAUUUGAGCUAUCUUAUGAACUGCCUUCAGAAUUAGGUCAUUUUUUUAAACAGCUUAAGAGUCAGGAAAAUAUGUGA